CCAUCUUUGAGCCGGGCACCGGGGACACGGCGGCGGCAGCGGCGGCCCCGGCGGAGCGCGGAGAUAGCGACACGGCGGCCCCCGGGGGCUCGGUAAAACUCCCUGAGCGACCGUAAAUAGAACGCUUCGGAGCCCCGCAGCGGCUGGUGGGAGAUGGGGAGGAACAGGCGAGGGGGUGGUGCUGGCUCAACCCCGGCUCCUCCGCAAGGCCGCGCGGCCCCCGCGCUGUCCCCACAGCGGGAGGGGAACGCUGAGGGGCGAGGUGGAAUUAGAGGGGAAUAAAGCCGGCAUUAUAUGGGAAUAAAACCGGGAUUAUGUGGGAAUAAAGCCGGGGUGAGGUGGGUUUUGUACCCCCGGGGUUUUGGGGAGGGGGAGCUGCGUGCCCGGGGUAGGCCCGAGGCCUUUCCUUAGCGCUCGUCCCCUCUCCAAACUGGCGAUCCCGGCUCAGGUGUUUUCUAAAUCUCCUCAUUUUUCACGUCAAACCUCCUUUUUUUCCUGUUGUAGCAACGCGUCUGAGGGGCAUUUCUAACGUAGUCACCUCAUUCCCUAAAGGAACUUCAGGAGCUGAGUAACUCUGGAUGCAGCCGGGCUGAAUUCCGCCCGGAGGUUGUUAAAAACAACGCGAAUCCGUGAAUUUUUGGUGUGUUUUUCUUAUUUUUUAAAGGUUAUUCCUCCCGGAGGUUGUUUAAAAACAACGCGAAUCCUUGAAUUUUUGGGGUGUUUUUCUUGUUUUUUAAGGGUUCUGCUUUCUGACGUCGAUUUUUGUUAUGGAAACGCCAAAAAGAAAAUUUUUUGUUGUCGUUGUUGUUGAAGGGAUCAGAGCCUCCAGGUUAUUCCCAGAAUUGCACUCAGGGUCGCAUUUCCUAAAUAAAUAAAACCCGGCUUUAUUUGGCUGUAAAAAAUAAAAAAUAAAUAAAAAGGAAUAAAGGAUUUUGGGGUUGAAUUUGGGCACAGCUGAAGCAGAGCAGGAGGAGUUUUCCAGGAAAAAACUUCCUGGUGGUGUCAUUUCCCAGCUCUAAUGACAUUUUUCCAAGGUGAAAAAUCGAAUCUUUUUGGGAAAAUCGAUUUUUUUUGAGAUUUAAGAUUCUUGUGAGGGGGAGAAAUUGUCACAGGAAAUUGCUGCCAGGCCUUGGGGUUGAGCUCAGAAAUACAAAAAAAAAAAAAAAAAAUUUGCUUUAAUUAUUCCUGUUUUAUUCAAGAGUGGAUGGAGCAGCUUCCCUUGGUUUGGGGUUGAUUCCUGAGGAGGAAAAGCUGAAAGGGAGAGAAAAAAUGGAGAAAAAAUGGCUAAAAAGGGGUUAAAAUGUGGAAUUCCUGGUGCUUUUCCUUCUUUGUCACCUGAUAAACAGGAAGUGAAUCAUCCAAGGAAUUUAAGGCACAAAGGAAGCAGCAGGAGAAGCUUUUCCAGGGAAAUUUUGGGGUUUGAAAUCCAAGAAUUCCUCACAGGGAGGUGCAGGAAAACUUCUUUAUUUUCCCUUUAAAAAUAGAAAAGUUGUGUUGGUUUUUUGGCCUGCUUUUUGCUGACCCUCAGCUGCUGCAUUUUUGAUUUUUUUAUAAAUAAUUGGAAAAAAAAAUAUUUGACCACAAAAAUUUUCAUUAAUUUCAUGAAAAUUUUCACGAAUUCUGGACAAAAAAGUGUUUAAAAUUCUCAUUAACUUGAAUUCAUUCAAGACCUGCUGAGUGCACCAGAGUUACUCAUUUUUAUUCAGAUUCUUUUUUAUUUACCAGUUGAAAAUUCCACCAAAAAAAAGGUUUUUAAUGAACCUUUUUAAUUAUUAAAUCACCGUGAUGAAGUUUAGACCUUGGAGGGGUUUUUGGGGGGGGAGGUUUGGUUGAUUCUUUUUGUGUUGUUGCUGUUUAUUUUCCAAGGUUUUAUUCUAAUUCUUUAACCAAGAUUCAGACUGAACUGAAAUAUGGAAAAAAAAAAAAAAAAAAAAAAAAAGAUUUAUUUUCUAAAGGAAUUCAAUCUGAAGGGAUUUUCUUUCCCCCCUGCGUGGUGGAUGUAGAAAUGUUGCAUUUUUAGGUGUGGAAAAUACCUGAGGAGAGGAAAUUCCACCUUCCAGCCUGGGAAUUCCUCCUGCUCUGGGUUGGAAUUCCUGCUUUUCUCACCCCUCACUCCCAGGAUUUCUUUGGUGGCUUCAGCAAACAGAAGAAUUCAGGCUUGAAAUUUGAUUUUUAACUCCCAAGAGCAUUGGGGAAAACACCUGGGAAAACUUGAACUUCUACCAGAAGGAGCUCCAGGAGUUUUUAGGUGUAAAUUCCCUGGAAAAUCCAUGAGCUAAAAUCUGAUUUUGAAGCUCCAAAAAUGAAUUUAACCCCGUGGAGAUGGAAGAACAGGAGGGAACCCUGCACUUAAAUCCUGUUUUGUUUUUAUUCUCUUUGUCAAACAGUCAAAAAAAAAAGAAAAAAAAAACCACAAUAAUUAAUGUGAGAACCCAACUUUUCCUCUCUUUAUUUUAGAUUUGGGAAAAUUCCCUGGCCAAAAAAAAAAAAAAAAUCGUGGAAAAUUCACAAAAUUUACUUUGUGAGAGGGGAACUGCAUGGCUGGGAAGAUCAAAGCCUGUGCUCAACGUGGCCAGGGUUACUUUUAAAAAGAAGCUGUCAGAGCUAAGCCAGGAGAAGCCUUUGAGAAGCCAAUUCCUGCCCAGGCUGGAGGAGGGAGAGCCCUGGGAGGAGCAAACCCUGAGUAGUGAGUGAGGAUCCCUGCAGCAUGUCCAGCCAGGGGGAUGACUGCUACUUCUACUUCUACUCCACCUGCAACAAGGGAGAUUCCUGUUCCUUCCGGCACUGCGAGGCCGCCCUGGGCAGUGAGACCGUCUGCACCCUGUGGCAGGAGGGCCGGUGCUUCAGGAAUGUCUGCAGGUUCAGGCACAUGGAAAUCGAUAAAAAGCGGAGUGAGAUCGCCUGUUACUGGGAGAACCAGCCCGGGGGCUGCCAGAAGCACAACUGUGCAUUCCACCACACCAAGGGCAGAUAUGUGGACGGGCUCUUCCUUCCCCCAAGCAAAACCACUCUUCCAAGCCCCCCUGAGGCUGCAGAGGACGAGGUGAAGAUGGUGCAGCUGCAGCAGAACAAACUGUCCGUUCAGUCCAACCCCUCCCCACAGCUCAGGGGGGUGAUGAAAGUGGAGAACUCUGAGAAUGUCCCCAGUCCCACCCAUCCCCCAGUGGUCAUCAAUGCUGCAGAUGAUGAUGAAGAUGAUGAUGACCAGCUUUCUGAAGAAGGAGAAGAAACCAAAACCCCAGUGCAGCCCCCACCCACAGAGAGCCACAAUGGCCUGAGGGUGAUUUCCACAAGGAAAUCCAAUCCCAGUGCAAAGCAAGAUGACAACUUAAAUUUUGGAAUAAAAACCUUGGAAGAGAUCAAACUGAAGAAACUCAAGGAAAAAGCCAAAAAACAAGGUGAAGGUCCUUCAGGAGUGGCUGUGGAUCCUCUCCAAGCCCGGAGCAUUCCUGUGCCAGAGAAAGAAAAUGUCAGGACUGUGCUGAGAACUGUGACUCUCUCCUCCAAGGAAGGGGAGGAGCCUGUGAUCCAGCUGAAUCUUCCUGACAGACUGGGGAAAAGGAAAACCCUCAUGGGUGGGAAAACUUUCCUUCCCCUGAGGAGGAACGUUGCUGACAGGCUGGGGAGGAAGGCAGAGCUGCAGGAAAACUCUGAAAAGGCCCCAAAAAGAGGCACAGUUCAAGUCCUGAAGUCCCUGAAGGAGAGGCUGGGGCUGCCCUCUGAGCAGAGCAGCACUGAGACAGACAAAGCUGCCAAGCCCAUCGAGGAGAUCAGAGUGAAAACCCUGGAGGAAAUCCGCCUGGAAAGAGCUAACCAGAGGAGAGGAGAACCCCCAGCCAAAAUCCCAGGAGAAGGAAGGAAAACUGAAGAUCCAAAUUUAGGAGCAAAACCCUCCCCUGCUGCCCGCAGCAAAUCCCUGAUGGGAGCCCUGGUGGAAAAAAACCACAAAAGGUUGGGAGAGGAGAAGGAAAAACCCGAGGAAUUCAGCAGCAGGGCCAAAAAUGAGGCAGAUGCCAGGAAACAGAACAUUCCUGCUCCAGCUGGGGCAGGCAGGGUGCAGCUGGCAGAGCCUGGGAGAGCCAAAGGAGCUGGAGAAGUUCGGAUCAAAACCCUGGAGGAGAUCAAGAGGGAGAAGGCGCUGAGGCUGCAGCAGAGCGGGGAGAACGUUCCUGCUGGCCCUGCCCAGCCUGAGGCUGCCCUGAGGGGCAGGAAACUGCUGAGGGUCACCAAGCUCCUGGCACCUGGAAGAGAAGAAAAAAUGAUCGUGGAGCUGAACAAACCUUCCCCCAAAAGUGGCUCUGGCCCUGCUGAGAAUUCAGGGAAUUCUGGAAUUCAGGUGAAGAGCCUGGAGGAAAUCAUGUGGGAGAAACGGCAGCAGAAACAGCGGCAGGAGGAGAAACUGCAGCAGGGAGCUGGGGCAAUUCCAGCUGAAAACCAGGAAAAAAACCAGGAUAAAAACCAGGAAAAAACCCCAGGAUCAGGGAGCCCCGAGGCUGCUGUGGGGUCAGCCCAGCUGGGCAGGAGGAGAGGAGGAAAGUCCCCCGAGGAUGGAGGGGGAACCGCAGAGAAGGAGCCGGGGAAAAAGGGAGCUCAGCUGCCCGAGAGGAGAGGCAGAGCCAAAUCCAGGGUGUGCCUGAAGCCUCUGGAUGCCAAAGCCCCUCCCAAGCAGCCCCUGAAGAGGAAGGGCCCCGAGGGCCACCCCCCUGCUGUGGUGGCAGUGAAGCCACUCAGUGCCACCAGCGGGGACACCCAGGAGCCCCCAGCCAAGGUUGUUCCCCCUUCUUCAGAGGACAGCCUGGACUCCAACCCUCGGAGGGAGAAUUCCCAGAGCAGCCCUGAGCUGCAGCCUGGCACCCAGGGGGAUUCCCUGGCACAGUCAGAGGUGUCUGGAUCUUCCUCCUCAUCCACAUCCUCCUCCUCCUCCUCGCUGGAGGCUCCCCUGAAGCUGCGGCGCCUGAGCUCGGCCGGCGGCGCCAAGGCCGCGCUCUCGGUGGAGGACGACUUUGAGAAACUCAUCUGGGAGAUCUCUGGGGGGAAACUGGAGGCAGAAAUCGACCUGGAUCCAGGCAAGGAUGAGGAUGAUCUCCUGCUGGAACUGUCUGAGAUGAUUGACAGCUGAGAGGGGAGGUUUUUUUUGGAAAAAAAAAUGGGGAAAAAAGACACGACACCAAAAAAAAAAAAAAACCCCGAAAAAGCAAAAUUUUCUCCUCACCUCCCACAAAAAUCUUGUAAAUGUUGUUGGAUCCGUGGAGGAGACCCUGCCCCAGCUGGAAGCACAGUUGGAUUGUUAGGAUUAGGCAGGGUCUGCUCUCAGUUAUCCCAAAAUUCCGGGCUGAGUUUGUCCCCCCACGGGACAGGACAGAGCACUUGGAACGCCCUGAGGGGCCACAGAUCCCAUCUCCAGAGCUCCCUCCUGGACAGAAAAUCCCCAAAAAAAAAAAUCCCUGGAGUUACUGUGUCAGCUCUGGGAGCCACGGAUGGACUCGCAUUUGGGGGGAAUUCAGGGAAAAGAGGCAAAAUCUGAGGCAGGAUUUUGGACCAAAGCCUGCCAGGGUGAGCCUGGCUCGGGGUUAUCUGGGGGAUUUUUUCCAUGGGGGAAGGCAGAAUUCCUCCUGGGAUUUGGGAAAAGGAGCAUUGCUUCAAGUGCCUCUGGGUUCUGAGGAUUUCUCCCUGCAAUGAACCUCCCACAUCCAGCUGGGAUCAUUUUGGGAGAGAAAAAAGAAAAGCACCUGGAAUGUUCCCUCUUGGCUGCUUCCCUCUUUUCCAGCCCUUUGGAGAUGGGAUUGAGUGAAAUCCCCGUGGGGUUUUUGAUUUUUUUUUCAUUUUGUUUUGGGAUUUGUUUUUUGUUUUUCUGUAAAUAUUUUAUUCUUCCAUUUUAUAUUUGUAUGAUUCUAUUUAAGGGAUUAAAGGUAGG